CUACAUACUAAUCGGGCCUGGUAUCCCUAUGUUUUCUUUCCCAUAUAAUGUAAUGCUUCAUCUUGAUACGAAUUCCGCCGAUCAUCUUAUGCUUCGUUCAUCACCAUGGGCAAUCCAGAGAUGUAUCUAAUCUGAUGCAUGCCGAUUUACUCCCAGGUAUACUUUGUUUCUGCCUCCCGACUAAAACAUUGUUAGUUGAAAUGAACCGCUACCUUUUCAAUUCAGUGCGAGUUCUUGAUUGAAUGGAAAAAUUAACUUUAGAAUCAUUCCGUUGGUUGAUUUUAACAACCAUCCAUCAGACACUAGUACAAAGAGAAGAAUUUGAGGCUUUUACAAUGGAGACUUCUAAGGCAUCUGCGACGUUGCCUGAUCACUGUGGACCAAGCUUGCUUUUGGCUUUGCCUGAUGAUGUAUUUACCGUGAUCACGAGUUCCCUCUCCCCAAGUGAUGUAUGCAUUCUCGGACUUACCUGCCGAGGUCUUCAUUCCAUUAUGGCCUCUGACAAAGUAUGGCUUGCCCAAUGUGUUAAAUUAGGGCUACUCCCCUGCAAUACCUUACUUGAAUGGAGAAAGGGCGUUUGCUCUUACAAGGCCCUUUGCCGCUUCUUUUUGAGCAUUCAUCCAUUGAUCGGCAUUUGGGUUCACCAAAAUCCUGAGCUCGGCAAUGUAGUCUACGUUAUGCCUGGUUUUCUAUCUCUUGCCGGCUGCCGAAUAAUCCCACAAGAGGUGGGCCCUCUUGGCCUCGAUGAAGGUCCUAUUCUGUGGACACCUGUGUUUGAAAUCCUCUGUGAUCAUGAGGGGUCCACGUCCUUCUUUCUCCAUGGGAGGGAAAGAGGUACAGAUUAUGUCUAUCCUGGUGUGCUGAAGCCUGUGGACAGAACAUGCAAUGUGCUUUUGCUCGAGGUCGAGCCCAGGCAUCAGAGGCAUGGAGGAAAACUUGCCUGUAGUAAGAGCCUCGAGCAGGAAUUGGAUAAGGAGGUGCCACGGAGAAUAUCAAGAUCUGACAGUGAUGGUGGGGUUUUUAAGAUGCAUAGAGAUAUUGGACAGAAAAGGAGUGGGAUGUCUUUCAGCCGUUUGUGUUUUGCUGAUAGGAGAAGGCUCUUGGAUGUCGUCACUAGUCAAGUCAGACAAGUUGGGCCUGAGGCAGCAAACUCACUUAUGUUCCCUCGAGUUAGAGAUGAUGGUGAGUUUGAUUCGGAAAGGGAUUUAUCGGCAUUACAUGAAAGGAGAUUGUUGCUUUUGCAGAUGUAUAGGCGUGGUGGUGGGGAUAAUCAAGAUUUGAAGCCUGGCACGGAAUUCCCUUCAAGUCCUGGAGCUUUAGGAUUGAGUGAAAUUUGCAAGAGUCUUGAUUGUAGUGAUGAAUCUCAUGAUCAGGACAAUUACACCAAGGGAAAAACACUAACUGGGUUUCUAAAGAAUGGUCUGAAGCAAAUACUGUUGGGGAAAUCGAGAUCCACCCACUUGAACCGUGAAGUUCAAAGAAGGAAUGCUUCUAGUGUUGAGAGCAAACAUGUACAACUGCAUGAGUUUUUAAAAUCAGGUGAUGCUAUAGGGCUGAGCUUGCGUGCUACAACUAUGAAGUUAUCUUCCUACAGAUCGUGGCCGAAUAUGCAUGACAGCCGAUUUGCCCUUUAUAAGUUGCCCUUAUGGGCUCCAAAGCCCGAACACGAGUACGCGGGGCUAUGGGGAGGUACUUUUGGCUGGCCUCCUGGAAAGCUAUCUGAGGACAAGCCUGGAAAGGCUCUUUUUUUUAUCUUGAUCUCUUAUGAAGAAUCUGGAGAGCAACAACUGCUAAAUGCCACCAAGAUCUUAGAAGGCACAUCCUAUGUUUUGCAUCCUAAUGGAUCUGCCAUGUUCAUAGUAAAUAUGGCUCAACCAUCGAUGGAUAGAUUCCCCUGUGGUACUGAUGAAGGCUUUGAUUGUACUGACGUUAAGCAGUCUUUUAUGGGGGAAGGUAUAGCAAAUGGGUAUGGGUUUAGGUAUCCUGGUUCUAAACCUGGGACACUCUUUGUCAUGGAGAAUGGAUUGCUCGUUUUCAUCUGGAAGGAGUCUAGGGCUGUGUUGACAUUGCAGAGGCUUGACUUGGACUAUCUUUUGAGGAAUGGUGAAAGGGUGCCUUCUUUAUCCCCAGUUUCCAACUUUGCAUAUCUGACCAAGACAUACUCGAAUGUUUUUUCUGGAUUUUCAAAUUCCUCUAAUGCUCUGGCUUCAACCAAGAUUCUGAAUGAACAUUUCUUGUCCGACUCUGAUAAUACUAAGUGGCUGUGUAUACUCCUUGCCGACCCGAUCAUUUUAUACGAUGCACAGUUAAACUUUAGAUGCAAUGCUGAGGAGAAUUUUUCUGUUACGGUUGUUUGCAAGUUCUCAGAGUCCAGUUUCUAUGAAGCUAAUUGCAUUUGGAAAAUCAAA